UGCCAGGAGGGCCGGAAGGGAGCGGUGCACCUGGAGCCCAGGGUUCUCCGGCCCCAGGCCCAAGAGGUUCAAGCUCUUUGGGGUCCCUCUCCGUGCUCUGGCUCGGGAAAAAGUCUUGUCACCCACAAUGAGCUGGAGUACUGACGACUCGGACCUCAGCCCCAGGCUUUUGCUGUGGAGGACAAAACCUCUGACUGACCUGAGCGGACGUCCUGUUAGAGGGUGGCGCCUGGAUGAGCCUGGGGUGGGGAAUACAGUGAAGAGGGUGUUGCAGUUCUUAGAAGAGAGGUGACGGAAAUCUAAACUGAGGAGGUGGCAGUGAGUAUGGAAAAGUGAUGAGCGAUGUGGCUUGCUGGAUUUGGUGGAUUUGGGUUGAAGCUGAAGCUUAUAGCCUACAGGUUAAGAAAGUGGUGCCACUAUAAAAUUGGGAUAUAUCAAGUUUGAAACCGUGGUUUAAGUGGAGAUGGUAGAAAGAUUAAAAAGAAAAAAAAAAAAAAGCCUGGAAAGUAAGCCGGAAAGAAAUUUUCAAGAAAAUGAUCCACAGUCUAUUUCUCAUAAACUGUUCUGGUGACAUAUUUCUGGAGAAGCACUGGAAGAGUGUUGUGAGCCAGUCUGUCUGUGAUUAUUUCUUUGAAGCUCAAGAGAAAGCUGCUGAUGUUGAAAAUGUACCACCUGUCAUUUCAACACCUCAUCACUACCUCAUCAGUAUCUACCGAGAUAAGCUCUUCUUUGUGUCUGUCAUACAGACUGAAGUGCCACCUCUCUUUGUAAUUGAGUUCCUACAUCGAGUUGCUGACACUUUUCAGGACUACUUUGGUGAGUGUUCGGAGGCUGCAAUUAAGGAUAAUGUGGUCAUAGUCUAUGAGCUCUUGGAAGAAAUGUUAGACAAUGGAUUUCCACUGGCUACUGAAUCUAACAUUUUGAAAGAACUGAUUAAACCACCAACAAUUCUACGUUCUGUCGUCAACUCUAUUACAGGCAGUAGUAAUGUUGGGGACACACUCCCCACUGGGCAGCUGUCCAACAUCCCAUGGCGCCGGGCAGGGGUCAAGUACACAAACAAUGAAGCCUAUUUUGAUGUCGUUGAAGAAAUAGAUGCAAUUAUAGAUAAAUCAGGAUCUACAGUCUUUGCAGAAAUUCAGGGGGUCAUUGAUGCUUGCAUUAAGCUAUCUGGAAUGCCUGACCUUUCUCUUUCUUUCAUGAACCCAAGGCUUCUAGAUGAUGUCAGCUUCCACCCCUGCAUCCGGUUCAAGCGUUGGGAAUCUGAAAGAGUUUUGUCAUUUAUUCCUCCAGAUGGAAAUUUCCGACUCAUAUCAUAUCGUGUCAGCUCACAAAAUCUAGUGGCAAUACCAGUGUAUGUGAAACAUAGCAUCAGCUUUAAGGAGAACAGUUCUUGUGGCAGAUUUGAUAUUACAAUUGGACCAAAGCAGAAUAUGGGAAAAACUAUUGAAGGAAUCACAGUGACAGUUCACAUGCCAAAAGUUGUGCUGAAUAUGAACUUGACACCAACACAAGGCAGCUAUACAUUUGAUCCAGUUACCAAGAUACUAACAUGGGAUGUAGGAAAAAUUACUCCACAAAAGCUCCCAAGUCUUAAAGGACUGGUAAAUUUACAGUCUGGAGCACCCAAGCCAGAAGAGAAUCCAAGCCUCAACAUACAGUUCAAGAUCCAGCAGCUUGCUAUUUCAGGCUUAAAAGUAAACCGCUUGGACAUGUAUGGGGAGAAAUAUAAGCCAUUUAAAGGAGUCAAAUAUGUCACGAAAGCUGGAAAGUUCCAAGUGAGGACAUGAGAAGAGGCCAAAAUUCCUCAAGAUGUGUUUGUUUUCCAAGUGUCAUUACAGUUUAUUACUAUUAGGUACCAAGUGGGUGGGAAUACAUAUUCUAGUUAAAGCAUUUGUGUCAAGCUACACACCACUAACAAAGUUGCUUAGUAAUCAGUGUAGGGUUCUUAAGGAGCUUUAAGCUAAGGUAACUUUUGAAUGACUUAGCUUAUUUUGUAUCUUUUCACUUAGGAAAAUUUUGGAGUUGAUUUCCUCUAUAGGGGGGCACCAGCUGGAGGCUGCACACUGUAACAGUAAAGGCAGAAGGCUACAGAGAUAGCCUCUCUCCUAAAACAAGUGAACUGGUCUCAGCCAGCAGGAGCUGUCUUAAUUUGUAAUGUGAUAUGUCAAGUGCAGCCAAAUGUCACACUUGAUCUUAGCCAUCCCAAAUCAGCAUCUGUCCCAACAGAGGAAAUUUCCCCCACCCCGAGAAGUUUACAGAAAACUGCCUCUUCAAGUGUUUGCCUUAUUCAGCUUUUCACUUGUGCCAUUAAGCAAGCACUGUAGCAAAAGCCACUUCCACAUGGCCCUGGCAGGGAGCACUGCUGCUCCAUGCUCCAUUCUCACUGUACUUGGUAUUGUAUUUUUUAUAAAUAAGAUUUUUAUGUAAAGCUCAGAUUUUGAUUUACAGGGACCUUGCUGCAGUAAGUACCAUCUCAGUUUUGUGGCACUGGUUCAGCUGUUCGCACAGUAAAAAUCAUUGGUAUCAAAGGGGUGAAUGCUUUAUUAAGGUCAUAAAAGGGAACACUACUUCUGCUUUUAGGAAGUUAUUGCAAGCACAAGCAUUUGAGAUUUUAAGCAAAUUAAAGUAGUAAAAGAGAAACUUAAGUGAACCUUUGCCAUCUUCAUGUUUUAUAAAGCUUAUCCAAUAUGACUUAAACCAUAGUUAGCUUAAAAGCCUCUUGCCCCAGUUCAGUGAAAGGAGGAAAAUACACCUGCCUCAGUAUCAUCAGUCUUUUUUUUUUUUUUUUAAUCUUUUUUAUUGUUGUUUUUAAGGGCUUGAAUUUGCCCGCAGCCCUUGUUUUCAGGGGGAACUCCCUUUUCAUAUUGUGUUCUUCCCAAGGCUAUAGUCAAUAGAUUCCUUCCUGAAACUAUUGCCAUAAUUGUCGCUGGAGUACUUAAAUGUCUCUACUGUAUGUGGAGGUACAUUAUAUUGAGGCAGAAACAAAAUCCUUAGUAACGUUGAUGAAACCGUGUUGAUCAUCAGGGUUGGCAAGUUGGUCUACAGUUGUAUCAUUUCACUCAACUUCAUUGGCUUACAAGUCUUUGCCCAGUUAUUUUGCCUUAUUAGACAUGAAGAAUGGAGAAAGGCUGAAAGUUACGAUAUAAGUGCUUGUUCUUCAUGUUUCCUUCUUGUUCUUACUUAUGCUAUUAGUUUUCUUCUCCUUGUGACUCCAUUCUUUUCACUCUUCUCAACUUAUAACUCCCUUUCCCUUAUCAUGCUGAGGAUAGCCCUGACACUCAUCCAUUCUGCUGUCAAGGGCUAGUGGUUGGUGCUGGUAGAGGGAGCCCACUACACAGCAGCAUUCUUACCUUUGCUUGCCUAGGGCAUCCAGCCUGCCUUUCAUCUAGGAAAGAUUACUUUUUGCUACUUUGGUAUUUCUAGGGUAACCAGUAUCAGCUUGGCAGCUUAAAUAAAAAUGUUGCCAAAUAUUUAUUCCUUUUGCCUAAGGCUGGUUACCCAGUUCAAUUGCUUUUCAUUUUUAAUGUCUUUUCAGAGUUCAUAUCUCAAAAGAAAGAGCAAUCAGUACAUCUGCUUUUCUUUCUGCACAAUCCCUAAUCUCAACCAUCUGUACCUGGACUGUCCAAUUUUUUUUCUGUGCUGUAUUCUCUUAUAUACAGGCAGAUUGUAUGCCAAGAGUCCCUUGCCUCAAGCAAUUUCUGCUAAAACUUUCAAGUAGACUGUUUCCUUUUACAAUUAAAUUAUUGUAUUUAUUAAUUUGAAUCUAGUAAAUCCUUUCUUUAGCUCUGGCUAUACUGUCAAUAAAAAGAUGAAAGCAACAA